AUGGCCGAGGAGGAAGCGAACUCGGUGUUCAGCCACGACGAGGGCUCGAGUGGUGAUGACACGACCAACAACGGCUCGGCCGGCGCACCGAGGAAGCGCAAGAGGGAGAAGCACCAAAAGACAUCAUGCGAGCUGUGCAAGGCGAGAAAGGUGAAGUGUGAUCGUGCAGAGCCUGCAUGCUCAUGGUGUGCCCGACACAACCGAACCUGCGUCUAUCUGGAAAGACAGAAACCGGGAAGUCGCAUUGGGUUCAGUCUCGAACUCGAAGCCAAAGUCAACAGGCUCGAUGCUCUUCUGCAGGCUCUUGGCCGUCGUGUAGAGGAGCACAUCUCCAAUGACCACGUCGCUACUGCGCCAGCUCUCUCGCCAGCCAUCAGCAACCAGGCGCCCUCCCAACCCGAGGGGUUGCAUCAGGAUGUGAAUGGCGUCAGCCCAGCCCCUGGCCUUCCUAGAUCAGCACCUACGUUGAAUGGCAGAACACCAGCCUACUCGAGCCCCUUCUGGCAGGGUGGCGAUGCACAGGAAGCCCUUCAGAAUGGUGAUCGAACCUCCGUACAGGCCCUCCUGAACCUCUCGGCAAGCGAAUCUUUUAACCAAGCAGGCGCAUCACCCAGUGUUGCCGGGCCUCGUAAAGAUGCAUCCUCUGUUCAGACCGUGUCGGAGUUCCCACCACACGACAUGCUCUAUACGCUUGUCGACCUGUACUUCAAACAUUGUAACACCUGGUGUCCUAUUCUGGACCGCAAGACGACUUUCGGUGCCUUCUUUGGCUCGACAUCUCUCAACGAAGCCGACCGGGUCCUGUUGCACGCGAUUGUUGCAACAACCCUGAGGUUUCUGAAAGACACGCGACUGUCGCCCGAGAUGCGGUCUCACUACCACGCGGUAUCGAAACACCGGGUGCAGAUAUACGCGAUGGAGAACGUCAGCAUUGCGGCGCUGAGGGCCUUGGUCAUCCUCUGCCUGGAUGAGUUGGGAACCUCCAAUGGACCCCGUGGCUGGAAUAUGCUUGCGCUCCUCGCGCAGAAUGUGAGGCAGCUGGAACUCUGCGAAGAAAGCAGCGUGUACCUCACGGCCGAAGCGGAGGAAACACCACAUACCGGUUCGAUCCGUAGGGUUACGACGGGACGACCUGAAUCUUGGAUCGAAGAUGAGGGCCGCCGGCGACUUUGCUGGAUGGUGUACCUCCUCGAUCGGUACGCAACGAUUGCAACGACGACAUUCGAUUUCAUGCUCGAUGAUAACAAGAUGAAGCGCGGUCUGCCGUGUUCGUACGACCUGUUUUCCCGCAACGUUCCCGUCGAAACGAGGUCAUGGAGCCCGUCGUCCGACCAGACUGGUAGCCCAGCCAUAAACAAACCCGAAAACCUCGGCAGUUUCUCAUAUCAUUGCGAGAUCCUGCGAAUCCUCAGCAAGGUCCACGACUUUCUCAAGACACCCAUCAAUGUAACAUCGUCAGCCGAGAUGGCUGUUUGGCGCAACACAUACAGAUCAUUGGACGGCGCGCUCGACAGUUGGCUGCAAAGCCUGCCGAGCGAAUACAGCAGAAUAUCGGCUCUGUGUCACUCCGAUCCAGCAAGCCGCGUCGCCAACUGGUUUAUGCUGCAUAGCGCCUAUGUCACGUCGGUCGUACGCCUGCAUUCCUCUGCUGCGUACCCUACCGUAAGAUCGCACAUCUUCGUCCCAUCGCACUAUGCAAUGCAAAGAUGCUUGUCUGCUGUGCAAAGUCUGGGUGACAUUGCGCAAGAUGUGUUUGAGGCAAACGGUCUUGAUCUUUUGGGCCCUCCUUUUGCAUUUUCCCUGUGGGUAGCCGCAAGACUGCUACUCAUCCACGCCGCAACUGUUGGUUGUCCUGUUGAUCCAAAGAUUGACUUCUUUAUCGAAACCCUGCGUCAUGUUGGGCAGUACUGGGAGGUAGCGAAUAACUACGCCAAGAUCCUCGCUCGAGUCGUACAACGCGGCCGUCAAGGCGACAUGAGCUUCACCGCCAUGAGAAAGCGAGUAACCCGAGUCCCCCGCCUGCUCCUGUCCCCUGCUAACAGUGUGUCUUCCAGGAGCGCCUACGAUUUAGUCACGUUGACAUCCUCCACGCGACGGUCCGGACUGGAGCCGACAUCAACUCAAGUAACGUCUUUGAGCGAACUGGACAAUAUUGACGUUUUUGACUUUUUCAAUUACCCCAAAAUGCUGGAGCCGACAAGGGCGGCCAACGGCCAAACGAACCUGCUGCAGUCGCAGGCCAUGAGCGGGUUGGGCGGCGAUUCCAUGAGGACUACAGGGCUGCCAGAUCCAGAGUCGGAUUGGCUUGGCUUCAACACUCCCUUCAACUGA